AUGGAGGACGCUGUUUUAUGUUUUUAUGGCCGCUUUGGAAGUUGGAUAGCAGCCAUAAACAUAGCGCCGCUGUAUCGGCAUGGAGGUGAUGAAGCGAUCUUUCUUUCCACAGUCUCGCAACAUAAAGAAAUCCUUGAAAGUGUUCUCAACACAACGACACUUGACUUCAACACAUUUUGCGCUAAGAUGUGUAAUUAUCGCUGUUUAAUAUAUGCAAAAGCGAAAAUGGAUGUGACCUACUUGGGGCCAAGCAUUGCGCCGGGGCCCGGGGCUACAUCGAGGGUACUUACAGUAUGA